AUGCAGUCAAAUCUUCAACCUACGAAUCAACCAGCUUUGAACGGUGCUAACCAUUUAAGUUAUUAUGAUCCAUCAGCACCUUAUCGUGCUAUGAUGCUGCCACCUGCUCCAACUAACACUAAUGCAACAACAACUAAUCAGUAUUAUUCGAAUUCUAUUCCUACGCAAAAUAUUUCUCAUAUGAAUUCUGAUCCAAUGAAUCCUAUUGUAACACGUAUACCAAAAUAUUACUAUCCACGUUAUGAUGGCUAUGAUGGUGCUUAUGAUGACCAUGGUACUUUAGGUAUGAGAGAAACAUAUCCUAAUGUACAACCACCAGUUAAUCAACAACUACCGAGUAGUCAACAAAUAGUUCCGAAUGAAUAUGUUCCUUAUAAUCAGCCAGCUCCAUUAACCACAGAUCCCUACGCUUCUGGUGGAUAUUAUCCUUACGGUACAUCAUAUCUUAUUCCGUUGCCAACUAAUAUGCCCAGUGGUAUUCCUAGUCCAUACCUACAAGAACAACAGCCACAAGCUGAUGCAGCUCUUUCACAUAAAAAGGAUGCUGAUCUAAGUCGUCUUGAAGUAUAUCAUUUUACUCCAAAACAAAACACAUCAUUGUCAAUGGGAGCCAAUGCUCCUCCACCUGUAAUACAAUAUCAUGUCUAUCCACCAGCACCAGUAUCACAACCACCGGCAAUGCUAUCUCAACAACAACAACCAUCUUAUUUAUCAGAACAUUUUCAAUCACAAUUAGCUCAUCAAGAAACUAAAGCACGUAGCUCUCAAACUGAUCAACCUAACACAAAAAAUCGUGCUGUUUCACCAAUACACUUUUCUAAUACGAUACCAAUGCAUAAUGAUGAUGGUUACUCACGUGUUAUACAUCAACAAGAAGUUCAUACAGACAGACACAAUAUAAGAACAGCAAGAAUAAAUCGACAGUUUUAUGGCAACACUAGUUCACCAGCUUUGCCUGACUGCCGUUGUUUGGAUUGUCAACAAGAAAGAAAAGAAGCCACAAAUUCAAACCAAUUUGUUUCAUUCUUUCAUUCAACUGCUAAACGAAAGGAAAACAUGCGUUCCCCAUUCAUUGUCGUACUUCUUGUUGGUCUGGCUGCAUCCAGUUACGCUUAUCACCUUUCUGAUGUCCAUAAACGUUCUCUUGAAGAAGAACCACGUAUUUUCCAAUUGCUCGAGGAUCUCUACUCACAAGUGCUCUAUAAGCCACUCAAUCAUAUCGUUACAAAUGUAGCUCUGUUGGGUGCACAAUUUUUAGCUGGUAUUUCUCAAAAUGGUAUUCCUGCUCCAGGAGGUCGCACACUUCACCUAUCCGAAGCUCAACUCCGUGGAUUCUGGGAUGAUUUAUGGAACCAUUCUAUUCGACCACCUAUUGAAAAUGCUAUUCAAACUGUUUCUUUAUUGGGUGCUCAACUUCUUGCUGGUAUUGGUACUAAUGGUGUCAACUUGUCAAUUGGUAAACGCGAUGUCACAGAAGUCGACGCACGUUUCAUUAAUGCAUUAACUGAAGCUGCUGAAAAUAUUUUCACUAAUGUUAUUCAAAAACCAUUACAAGAUGCUUUGUCAACUGGUGCUUUGAUGUUAGCUCAAGUUCUUGCCGGUGUUGGUACCAAUGGUAUCGACUUGUCAGCUCUCUUUGGUAAACGCGAUUUGAGUGAACUCGCUGGUCGUCAAGAAGAACUUCGUGGUUUCUUUGAUACUCUGGGCCAAAGUCUUCUUAGUGGCUUACAAUCUGUUUGGACAAACGUUAUUCAAGGUCCCGUUGAACAAGCUAUUCAAACUACUGCUUUACUCGGUGCUCAAGUUCUUGCUGGCCUUGGUACCAAUGGUGUUAAUAUUGGUAAACGUGAAUUAGAAGCUGAACCUCGCGGAGAAAUCAUUGAUAAUCUUUUAAAUCAUGCGUCUGGUCUUUUCACAACCCAAGUCAAACCUGUUAUUGAAAGUGCUUUGAAUGCUGCUGCUCUUCAUCUUGCUGGUGUUUUAGCCAACAUUUCCCAAAACGGAUUUGGUCGACGUUAA